AAAUAUUUUUUACAGUAGCAGAAAUUUAUAUCAAUGGAUAUUCUGUAAAAAACAAUGACUUUGAAUACGGUGCAAAUAAGCAUUAGGCGUGCAGAAGUAAAUUUGGUUAGGUACCACAAGCCAUUGCAAAUAACAGACGUAUUUAUUAAUUACAAUGAAAAAUUAUUCGGGUGCAAGCAAAAUCCAACCCACAAAAAAAUUUCCGAUAUUCUUUGGAAAGAAAAAUGCAACAACAACCCGCGUCUGUUCGAUAAAGAGAAGUUUCGAUUUGCGGGGAGUAAGGGAGUUGACAGUAAAAUUGAGAUAGAUCUUGGACUAACAUCUUAUAAAGAACUUUGCGUAACCAAUUUUCAACCAAAUGUAACAAAGCUUAUGCAAGAAGGAAUCCAAGAUUUUAAUGACAAUCAUGCUUACCUUUCACAAGCGCUUGGGGUGGGAAUUUUGCUGCUGAGCAGCGACGAUCAGCUGCUCCUGCUGCGGCGGUCCAUGUGGACCGGAGAAGCUGCUGGCAAAUGGGACCGUCCCGGGGGCCAUCCAGAGCCCUGCAAUGUCCCAGAGCUCGCUUCGUCUCUUGAACAUUCAAGCCCAAGCCAAACAGAUGCUGGCGUUAACAUGGAGGAACUCAGCCCUGAAAAAUUACGUGUGAAUGAUUCAAUAUUGAAAGAGGUGUGGGGCUCAAUCAUCGGUGAGGCAGUGGAUGAGGCCGGUAUUCCUGCCACCGAACUCACGCCUCCCCAAGUAUCGCUUCUCGGGCUGUGCUUACAGGCAGACCUCGGCGACAGACCAAGUCUUGAGUUUUACGUCAGGUCUAGUAAUGUUUUGGCAGACCUCGGCGACAGACCAAGUCUCGAGUUUUACGUCAGGCUGGGGCUGACAUCAGCAGCACUACAGGAGGCCUACAGUCGUGGUCAGCAGGCUGAGGCUGACGAGUCCACGUCUCUGCUGAUGCUGCCUCUGAGUGACGUGCGCCACGUCAUCGCCAUCGUCAGGCGCCGCUAUCGCGUGUCAGCGUCAGGACUGGCCGGCGACUGCGCAGCGGCAGCGGCGGCGGCAGCGGACGUCAUGAAGGAUGCCGAGGAUCUCAGGCUGCAGGAACUAGUCAAGGAUUUCUCACCGGCUCUCACUGGCGCCCUACUGAUGGCCGAGGAUGUUUUGCUGCAGGAAUAA